GUGGCUUGACGCAGCUCCUCCACACGGCUGCGCAUCCCUCCACGGAGCUGUCAGGCGAACUCAGGGUAGCAGGAGGCACGCUGGUUCAUAUUUGCAGAAGUGUUGCUUGCUUAUUUAUUUAUUUAUUUAUUUAUUUAUUGUCAAGUGAGCUUUAAGAAGCGAGGACGCGACGCGGAGCUCGGUUCCGGUCCCGGGACGCUGAGGCUGCGGCUGCUGUUUGGAGCGACUUGUCCCGGAGUUUUGGUGUUGAUCUCUUUCACACUUUUUCCCCCCUACAAAAUUAACGGUGCCGGUGCAAAAAAAAAAAAAAAAAAAAAACCAAAACUGUAAACUGUGGGUUUUGACAGCAGGAUUGUUGUAAACCUCACCAGACCCUGUUGUACUUUCUGUGUCUCCGUGUGUGUGGAGACUCACGUAGGCAGAAGCCCGAGGUGAUGCAGGAUUGAGGGCGCGUUCAGGCGGGGGGGAUUCGUGGAUCUCAGCGAUCUCUCGUUCUGAUUGGACAAAUGAAUUUAAUUAAAUAGCCGAACUCAUUAAAGAAGAAACACCAGGCGAAGACAGAAGAGCCCGCGAGCCUCCAACCCUCCUUCCGUGCUGCCAUCACCUUUGUGCGGGGACUAUGUUGAUGAAGGAGUACCGCAUCUGCAUGCCUCUCACAGUGGAGGAGUACCGGAUUGGCCAGCUGUAUAUGAUCAGUAAACACAGUCAUGAGCAGAGUGAACGUGGGGAAGGUGUGGAGGUGGUCCAGAACGAGCCGUACGAGGACCCCGAGCACGGAUCAGGCCAGUUCACAGAGAAACGAAUCUACCUCAACAACAAGCUGCCCAGUUGGGCCAGAGCAGUGGUCCCUAAAAUCUUCUACGUCACAGAGAAGGCUUGGAACUAUUACCCGUACACUAUCACAGAGUACACGUGCUCCUUCCUGCCCAAGUUUUCCAUCCACAUUGAGAGCAAAUAUGAGGACAACAAGGGGAGCAACGAUAAUAUCUUUGGCAGCGAGCCCCGAGAAGAAGACACAGAGGUUUGGGUCGUGGACAUCGCCUACGACGAGAUCCCCGAGCGUCACUACAAGGAGUCAGAGGACCUGCGGUAUUUUAAGUCGAAGAAGACUAACCGAGGCCUCCUGCAGGAGGGAUGGAUCGACACUCAGGAUCCCAUCAUGUGCUCCUACAAACUUGUCACCGUCAAGUUUGAAGUGUGGGGCCUGCAGACACGUGUGGAGCAGUUUGUGCACAAGGUGAUUCGAGAUGUCCUGCUUUUAGGACACAGGCAGGCCUUUGCCUGGGUGGAUGAGUGGAUUGACAUGACCAUGGAGGAAGUCAGGGAGUACGAGCGUGCCACACAAGAAGCCACCAACCUGAAGAUUGGCACCUUCCCCCCGACCAUCUCCAUCUCAGAGACGCCCCUGCCGUCCAGCGCCCGCAGCGGCCCUAACAGCGCCCCGUCCACCCCGCUCUCCACCGAAGCCCCCGAGUUCCUGUCGGUGCCAAAAGAGCGUCCCAGGAAGAAAUCCGCCCCCGAGACCUUGACCCUGCCCGAUCCGGGCCGCAGGGAUUCAAUCUUCAAACUGCCCAGCUUUUUCUCCUGGAACUCCAGUCCGCAGCCAGAAUGAGAGCGGGGCCGUGCCACUGGUGAACCCCCCUCGACCUGUGGAUGAGUGGAGGAUGCCUGCCGACCCAGCACAUCCCACAAUUCCCCCCCUCAGCCAGCUGAAGUGAAGGAGACUUUUCGCUGUCCAGCUGAUUCCAGCCCUUUCAGCAGACUCGCCGGUGUUACAGCAAAGCCGACCGCUCCCAGGCUGCCUUCACAGGUACAAACAGGCAGCCCGAUCUCCACAGUUAAAAGUCCUGCCAGGUGUAAAGGUAUAGUACGUCCCUUUGAGAGUUUAAGCAGCUGGAGGCUCCUCAUUCUCGUCUCCUCCUCAGAAAACAGACGGCCAGCACCAUGCGUCAGACAGCGUGGAGUUCCAAUUAGUCAGAUUGAGUGUAGCGCACAGUACAACAUUCCUGAAAAUGAUUUACCCCACAGAGCAUCACCUUACUUUCAUCCAAGCUCAGGGUGUGUGUUGACAAGAUAUGUUGAGGUUUAGUCACUGCACAUGAACUUGUAGAGAAUUUGUUUAUACUUCUGCUUUCCCUUUGAGCGUCUGAGUCUCCGGCUUUGGUAACUGGACGUUGUGGUUUGACAUAUCUAUUUGUGUGGUGGGGACUAUUUUGGCAGAUCCUCUGUUGGCCACUGUAUCAGUUGAGUAUUAUGGUUCUCACAGUAAGGUGUCAGGUGAUUGUGUAUUCUUGUAUAUACUGUAUGAACAUCAUUUAACCGGUAAAAUGUCAAAACUUCUAAAAGAAUAUCAUAUCCUGUGAUGAUGCUGCUAUGAAAUUGCUUAUCGUGUAUUUUAAAGGACAGGACUCUCGACCUUAUUUAAGUGUUUGUUUACUAUAGCGAGUUCCCUCAGCCUCACUGUCUGUAAAUUAAUUCUGUAACCGCAUGAUUUUGACUCCAGAGGCUGCUUUUAAAAUAUUUGUGAACUUAAAUGUUCUGUUUUCCUCAUACUCGAUGUUGUGUUUCAGCUGAGUUUUUACACACACCGGUCAUGUGGUUUGCAUGUUGUUUUGCUGCUUUGUGCAUAUCAACUGUAUUUCUUUCUUUUUUUUUUUUUAGUUAUACUGUUGAUGGGUUUUGUAUUCAGUAAAUGAAAUUAAAACAUGUUGCAUCCAUAACAUGUAU